CACCACAAAAAGAAAACAGGGCAACACAGAAAAAAAACGUCAAUGGCGACACGGCACAGAUCGAUAGAUCAUGUUCACCGAAAAGGGAAUCUUUCCCAUAGGCGAUGGCCUUUUGGAUGUAGAUGCCGAACGCUUUAACGGAUUGCUCGUGUCGCAUGACAUCAACGAGAUCUACGAGGUGGAACAGACGCCGUUUGCCAGGGGCAAAUUCGCCGCCGUUCGCCGUGCCAUUCACAAGAACACGGGCUCCCAUUUCGCGGCAAAGUUGUUGAAGCGACGCCGACGCGCACAGAGCAGCGACAAGGAGAUCAAACACGAGAUCGCCGUCCUAAUACUCUGCGAGGGCGAGGAGAACAUUGUCAAUCUGAAUGCGGUGCACGAGACCCGUUCGGACACAGCCCUGCUGCUGGAACUGGCCACUGGUGGCGAGCUGCAGACCAUACUGGACAACGAGGAGUGCCUGACAGAGGCCCAGGCCCGCCACUGCAUGCGAGAGGUGCUGAAGGCUCUCAAGUUUCUCCACGACCGAUCCAUUGCCCACCUGGACCUCAAGCCACAGAACAUUUUGCUCGCCGGCGAGCGUAUAGAAGAUGGCCUCAAGCUCUGUGUCUUUGGGAUCUCGCGCGUUGUGUGCGAGGGCAUCAAUGUCCGCGAGAUGGCCGGCACACCCGACUACGUGUCCCCCGAGGUGCUCCAGUACGAGCCACUCUCCCUGCUGACGGACAUCUGGUCCGUGGGCGUUCUCACCUAUGUCUUGCUCUCCGGCUUCUCGCCCUUUGGCGGGAACACCAAGCAGGAGACCUUCCUCAAUAUCUCGCAGUGUGCGCUCACCUUUCCGGACAACCUAUUCGGUGGCGUCUCGCCAGUGGCCAUCGAUUUCAUACGCCGCGCAUUGCGAAUUAAGCCAAACGAUCGCAUGAGUGCCGCUGGAUGCCUGGAACAUGUCUGGCUGAAGGAUGAGAGCUCGAUGGAUAGACAACUGUAUCUGCAGGCUCAGAGCGAUGCUGAAGAGGAAGAGGAAGAGGAGGAGGAAGAAGACGACCUUGAGGAUGAGGAAGCCAGUGGGAGGAGCCAGUGGCCGAGGAGAAGGCAGAGGAGCAGGAACAGCAACAGCAGUCACAGGAACAACAAAAGCAACAGAAGCCAAGCAGUGGCAGCAACAAACCCACGCACAAUGGCCACCAUCGGGCCCACAGCAAUGGGAGCAGUAGCAGCAUCUCAAAGAUACCCAUUGCCACCGGGAAGCUCCUGGGAAGCCCCAUAAGCAGCACCAGCACCAGCACAGAGACAACGACAGCCAUACACACGCUGACCAGCAAUGGACACGGACAGAGCAACACGGUCUGCCUGUCCGCCAAGCC